AACACAAACAAUGGUGAUUCAACAACUGUCGAUACACAAUAAUAACAGGCGUUAGUGUUCUUUGUUUCGCUCUCUAUUUUGAUAACAUUUGACGGUAUUAGAUGUUUUGACCGCAUUCUACGCAUCGCAUUUCGUCACGCUCAACUGUGUCAGCGUACGAACUUCGCACUUGUCCAGUUCUAGUCACAGUAUAACACUCUACAACAGCAGUACCAGCAGCAAGAUGGAACCGAGCGAGGAGGAUGCGAAAAUCCCCCUAAAGCUAGCGCAAAUAUCGAUCGACAAGUUCAACCAGACGGUUCCGCAGUAUCUGGCAGUGCUACGCAAUCACAAGUGUAACAUCGAAAAAGCAGGUUCGCUUAAAAACUGGGAAAAGGUCAAACGGGAACAGAUCAAUGCGACGCGCAUUGUCAAGCAGAUCAAAUUCAUGCUCGUGGAAAUAGACAAAGUGCGCAACCGGAUACGGGAUUGCGAUUGCGAUAAGUUUGAUGCGGGUAUCGAGGGAACGAAAACAAGUGCAUUCAACAGUAUGGCUGAGUACAUGGCAAUGCAACAACAGAUACGAGCACAAAGUGCCAAAGACUAUGACGAGCAGUACGGUGAGGAGGGUAGCGAAAGCGCAUCCCAGUAUCCGACCGGUGGUCGACUAGCUUUCGUCCCACAGAUUACCAGCUCAUUCAACAUUGAAGACCACGAGCUUCAGCAGCGUGAGGAAUGCUUCCGUCAGAUGGAACACUUGCAGCGCGAAAUGGAAGACAUUCAAGAGAUCUACCAAAAGGUGCACGAAUUAGUGCACGAGCAAGGCGAAACGGUUACCCGGGUGGAGGAAAACGUUGACGUUACCCAGAUACAGGUGGAAGCGGGAGUCACCGCUCUACAGAAGGCCCUAGCAUACAAGAAAGCCGUCUAUCCGCUAGCGGGUGCCUUUCUGGGCACGUGCAUCGGUGGUCCGAUCGGACUGGUAGUAGGCCUAAAAGCGGGUGGCCUAGCAGCACUGGGUGGAGGACUGGUCGGGUUCGCCGGAGGGAAAUUUAUCAAAAAUGUUGACGCCAUUCAGGAACACGAUGAGGUUGAUUCAAAUGAUAGUGCUACGGAGGCAACGGCCGGUGCUCUAGUGGAAUCGGGAGACGCUGCUCCUAUAGUAUCGAAAACUUGACACAUACUCACUCGGUGCACCAUUCAGUAACUGUUGAUGCUGGAAAUGCGUCUAUUUUA